UGUAAGGGCGCAGAAAAGCGAAACAUGUCGGUCCUUCCGUGACUGCACGUUGUGUUUUCCAUAUUUCCAGCAUGACAGUGCGCGCUAUAACGCUCUGAUUGUGUAACUCUGUAGCCACUGCUCGACACAGCGCAUUACGGGAGAUGGAAACUCUGAUUCCCAUCAUUAACAGACUGCAGGAGGUUUUCCUCACAGUUGGAGCCGAGAUCAUCCAGCUUCCUCAGAUCGUAGUCGUGGGGUCACAGAGCAGUGGAAAGAGUUCAGUACUGGAGAGUUUGGUUGGACAAGACUUUCUGCCCCGAGGUUCAGGAAUAGUGACUCGGCGCCCUCUAGUGCUACAGCUGGUGAACGUGUCUCCGCUGGAGGAGAGGCGGAAACAAGACAAUGGGAAUGGAGCUAAACACAACAGCCAAAACAAUUAUCCAGGUAUCAAAGCAGAAGAAUGGGGCACCUUCCUUCACUGCAAAAACCAGAUUUUCACAGAUUUCAGUGAAAUCCGGAAAGAGAUCGAGGAGGAAACGGAUCGCAGUACCAAUAAUAAGGGCAUCAGUCCAGAGCCCAUUUACCUGAAGAUAUAUUCCCCUAACGUACUCAGUCUGACGUUAGUUGACUUGCCUGGCAUCACUAAGGUCCCUGUUGGUGACCAGCCUGAAGAUAUCGAGACUCAAGUGCAAGAGAUGAUUCUGUCCUACAUCUCCAACCCCAACUCCCUCAUCCUGUGUGUCUCUCCUGCAAACUCUGACCUCGCCACAUCGGAUGCCCUUAAACUGGCACGAGAGGUGGACCCAGAUGGUCACAGGACGCUGCUGGUGGUGAGUAAGCUGGAUCUGAUGGACGCGGGGACAGAUGCUCUGGAGGUGCUGCUGGGCCGGAUCAUACCCGUCAGACUGGGCAUUAUCGGUGUGGUUAACAGGAGCCAACAUGACUUGAACACCCAAAAGAGUCUCGACGACUCGUGCAAAGACGAGCAGGUGUUCCUACAGCGGCAUUACCCGUCAUUGGCCUCCCGCUGCGGCUCGCGCUACCUGGCUCGCACCCUGAGCCGACUGCUCAUGCAUCACAUCAGAGACUGUCUCCCGGUGCUCAAGACGCGAGUCACGGUGCUCACCGCCCAGAACCAGUCCCGACUCAACAGCUACGGCCAGCCAGUGGAAGACCACAGCGCCACCUUGCUGCAGAUCGUCACUAAGUUUGCCACCGACUACUGCAACACCAUCGAAGGCACUGCCAGACACAUCCAGACCUCUGAAUUGUGUGGAGGAGCUCGUAUCUGUUACAUAUUCCACGAGACGUUUGGAAGAACCCUGCAGUCUAUUGACCCACUUGGAGGGCUCACCGAGCUAGACAUUCUCACAGCUAUUCGAAACGCUACGGGUCCUCGGCCGGCGCUGUUUGUUCCUGAGGUCAGUUUUGAGCUGCUGGUGAAGAAACAGAUCAAGAGACUGGAGGAGCCCAGCCUGCGCUGUGUGGAGCUCGUACACGAGGAACUUCAGAGAAUCAUCCAGCACUGCUCUGCCUACAGCACACAGGUUCAUAAUCUAGUUGCAAUCGAGUUGGCCUAUAUAAACACCAAACAUCCUGAUUUCACAGACGCUGCCCAAGUGUCUGCAUCUGUCAACAGCCAGCAGGCGGAGGCUGGGGAUGGAGGUAAGCGAUGGAAGAAUGAGAAAAUGCCGUCAGAGGAUAAAGGCCCCGUGCCAGGGUUUGGGAGUCCCACUAAAGCCAUCAACCUGCUGGACACGGCCGUGCCAGUAUCCCGCAAGCUGAGCACUCGAGAGCAGAGGGACUGUGAGGUCAUCCAGCGGCUCAUCAAGUGCUACUUCCUGAUCGUGCGCAAGAGCAUCCAGGACAGUGUGCCAAAGACGGUGAUGCACUUCCUGGUGAAUUUUGUGAAGGAGCAUUUGCAGAGUGAGCUGGUCGGUCAGCUCUACAAACAGCGUCUGCUGCAGCAGCUGCUCAUCGAGUCUCAGGAAACUGCUCAGCAGCGCACAGAGGUUGCACACAUGCUGGAGGCGCUCAAGAAAGCCAGUAACAUUAUCUCAGAGAUCCGGGAGACUCAUCUUUGGUAGCCAAACGUUCUCAUGAACAUUCUGUCCAGGAAAGUGUUUACAUGUUUGUGCGUGCUGUAUGUGUGUGAGUGUACGACAUAGGUCAAAUACAUCAUCUGAAGAAAUUCAAUGCCUCUGCCAGCAUGAAACAUUCAACAAAAUGUGUACAGUUUUCCAAAUAGCCCAUAUUUCUACUGUAUAUGCACUGAUUCCAUAGCUGUGUGUUUGACAGAGGUCAAACGUGUGAGUGCGUUUAUACUCAGUAGUGAACAUAUCAAGUCCAUGCCGUUAUCUUCAAUAUCAUAAAUGCUUCGUAAUGGGUUUUCGCCAUUAUGAUAAAUACUUUCAGUUAGCGUUAUAAGAAUUAAGUAAUGUCUCAAAUGCUACUAAGAGCAUCCCAAGAACAAUUGAGCUCUCAUACGCUCACAUGACUGAAAACAGGAAUCACACAAUGAACGUCGUUAUUUUUUCAUCAUUUACUCAACAUGUCAUUCCAAACCGUAUAAUUUUCUAGAAUACAAGAGAUGAAAAAUGUUCACGCUGUGUUUUUUUUUUUCCCCCAUUCAGUGAAAACAUUAAAGGCUUUCAAGCUCUGAAAUGGACUAAAAGCAACAUAAAUGUAGCAUAAAUCAUCAUAAAAGUAGUUCAUGGGACUCAUUAAUUAGUUUUAUGUGAGGAACAGACUGAAAUCUAAGUCAUUAUUCACUGAAUAUAGAUGUGGAAUGACAUGAUGACGAGUAAUUGACAGAUUUGAGUGAACUAUUCCUUUAAUACGCUGUAAAUAUCAUGUAAUAAAUGUGGUGUCCAGAUUUACAGUAAAUAUAAGAAACAAAAAAACGCCCUUUAUUAGAUUUGGUUGCAUUUGUCCAUGUUGGCACAGUUGUAUGUUACAUAUAAGCUUAAGUUAUCACAGCCAAUAUGGGCUAAAAACAAAAGCAGUGCUAAUAUAUUUGAUAAUGUGAAUGAAACUCAAAUAUGAUGUUAAAUUUAGAAUAAUUAAUGAUGUAACGCGUGACUGGUGUCUAGACAUGGUGCAAAUAAAUAGUAGUGCAGCGUGAAGAGCCACAGAACAAAGAGCCAUUGUGUUUAGUUGUGCUCUGAAACACUUCAAACCGCGCUUGGAUGUGCCGGAGACUUGACUGCCAUUUAAUAUUUAUGCUUGUGUGAAUAUUUAUUGUGAGAGUGAGUACGCCUGUGUCAAAGAAGGUCAAAUGAGGAAGAACAAACUAAGAUAUGAAAACAUUGGCUGUUUGACGCAUUGAACACCAAGAAUGAAUAGUGUUUAGUGUCAAAUACAAACAGUGCAAAAUUAAUGCCCAGCACAAAUGUGGGCAGUGGGGCUGUAGAGAAUUUGGUAGUUAUUGUAUUGCCUGCUAAAACCAAUAUUAAUUUGUGUGGUUAUUUAUGUUGGGGACAAUGUUGCAUAUUUUUUUUAUUUAUUUCUUGUGAUGGGACACAUUAUGCUUCAAACAUUAUGCAUCUCUACCAACCAAUCAGUCAUAAAAAAUAGACAUGCUAGGAAGACUGAGAGAAGAGGGAUAAAUAAAAUCAACAUAAACAUGUUUAUAUACAUUGUCAAAUACCUGAAAGUUAAU